UAAAUACGAAAAAUGGCUUUCAUCACCGAGUUGCUGCUUUUCACCUCUUUCAUCCUGAUUGGAAUUUACGUUUGGGCAAAGUAUCAUUUCUCAUAUUGGCGCAGAAAAAAUGUUCCUAAUGUUGAGCCAAAUUUCUUUUUUGGUAAUUUCAAAGAGAUGUUGAUGAUGUCAAAAAAUUGCGCUGAUAUCCUCAUAAAUUUGUACAAUCACAAGAAUGCCAAAGAUCAACCAAUUCUUGGAAUUUACAUCUUCAACAAACCAGCCUUACUGAUACGUGAUCCCGAAUUGGUAAAAUCAAUAUGCGUGAAGAAUUUUGACAAGUUCUCAAAUCGUUACGCUCAAAGUGAUAUCAAAGGUGAUACCCUCGGAUCAGCUACACUGUUCAUGAUCAAUAAUCCGGAAUGGAAGGAAUUGCGAACGAAGUUAUCACCAGUUUUUACGAGCGGAAAAAUGAAACAAAUGUUUCCACUUGUUGAAGAAAUCGGUAACGAUUUAGACGCAUACAUUAAUUCUUUUCCAAUGGAUAAAAAUAGUAACAGCUUCGUCCGAGAGGUUAAAGAAAUGUGUUCCCUUUUUGCAACAGAUGUGAUUGCAACAGUGGCAUUUGGUAUUAAAACCAGUAGUCUAAAAAAUCCAAAGGAUGCCUUUCGGAUAGUCGGUCGAAGUAUGCUUGAUUUUACUCUUUGGAGAGGUCUUGAAUUUGUUGUUGCGUUUUUUAUACCACAUUUGGCAUCACUUUUCCGCUGCAGGCUAUUUACCAAAGAUGCGGAAAUAUUUUUUCGGACAACUAUCAAUUCGGUUAUGGAUGAUAGAAUCCAAAAUGGAACAACUCGCAAUGAUUUGAUAGAUGUUCUGGCAGAAUUUAAAAAGGAGCGUUUAAGUGACAAUCACAAGAAUGAUAAUUUAUCGAUGACAAAUGACACUUUGGUAGCACAGGCAGCGACUUUUUUUAUUGCUGGUCUGGAGACUUCUGCAUCUACUAUGUCUUUUUGUUUGUACGAGCUUUCAAAGAAUCCAGAAAUUCAAGAGAGGUUAAGGGAAGAAAUAAGGCUGGCUUUGCUUAGAAACAUCACCUUAACUGGCAAAGACACACUCACCUACGAAGAUGUCUAUGGAAUGGAAUACUUGGAUAUGGUCAUUAUGGAGACUUUAAGACUUUAUCCGUCGCUACCAAUUUUAGAUCGAAUAUGUACAUUGCCAAAAGAUGAAAAGGAAUUUUCAUUGAAACCGUUUUCUGACUUUGCCAUACCGAACAAUAUGCCGCUUUAUGUUCCAAAGAUUGCUAUUCAAAGAGAUUCAAAGUACUUUCCAAAUCCUGAUAAAUUUGAUCCUGAGCGAUUUUCAGCUAAAAAUAAAUCAAACAUACAAACAGGAACUUAUUUAGCUUUUGGAUUGGGACCUCGAAGUUGUAUUGGAUAUCGCAUGGGACUAUUAAAAACGAAAAUUGGGUUGAUAAGUUUUCUUAGAAAUCAUAUUCUUCGGACUUGUAAUAAAACCACCAAACAAAUUUAUUUCGAACCAAAAGCAUUGUUUAUACAAACGAAAGGGGGAAUAUUUUGUGAAUUUGUAAGGGAUCCAUUAAUUUAGUUCAAACUUAUGGUUUCCAAAGAGGACAAUGUACAUAUGUAGAUGAAAUUCAGUAUGAUAUUAUUAGUUUAAGUAAUAUAGCCCUA